AUGGACAAUGAAUAGAAUAAUUAUUAGGCAUUCGAUAUUGAGAUUGUAGAUACUGAACAAUAAAAAAUAGAUCAUGCAAGAUUAAGUUUCAUCAGGAAGGUAAGAUAUUGCCUAAUGAGGUAUUUCUAAUAAUCUUAUUUCAAAUUGGAUUUAAUUUCAUUACUACAUUGAUAGCAUAUUCUUAAAAUCCAAUAAUUGAUUACGUAUGCAGCAAACCAUUCUUAUUUUGGAUAUUUAUGGUUGUAUUGAUAUUAGUAAUAUUUUUGCUAAUCAGUUUUUAAAAGUAAGUUUACAUGUAAAUCAAGAUUAGCCAAACAAUAUCCUUAUAAUUAUAUCUGUUAUAGUUGUUUUACACUCUCCAUCUCAUACAUAUUUUUAUAUACUACUCAUCAUUAUCCUACAUACUCAAAUCAGAUCAUUUCAUUCAUAACAUUAUAAAUUGGCAUCAUCAUAUCACUUCUCACCUAUUCCUACUUUGUAACAUCAGAAAUCAAUCUAAAUAAAGGUUUAAUAUACAUUAUUAUCACUAUUGCUCUGUUAUUCAUUUUCUUAUUCUUCUACUUCUAAAUGUCCUUGAAAUAUUUAUUAAUUUUAUCAUUCCUCAACAUCUUAUAUGGAGUGCAUAUUAUAAUAGAUACACUUCUUAUUGUAAAUGGAGAAGUAAGAAAAUUAUAAUUAUAAUUAGAAACAUGAAUUAGAUAUAGAUGACUAUAUUAUUGCAGCCUUAAUGACACAAGUUGACAUUAUUGGAUUCAUUUAAAUACUUUUUCAAAAAUUGAUUUCAUAAAUAUCAAAGAUAUAAAUCAACAGUAACUGA